AUAUCAGAGAGUUGUUGUUGUUGUUGUUUUAGGAGAGCCGAACCCCGUCUCAGAGGUUCUGUCGGGCCCAGCUGGACCCGAAUCCCGCUGGGGACGAGAACUUUUAACAUUUAAUUGAUGUCAAGUUAAUGAAGUGAGAGAAGGUGAUGCAGCUGGAGGCUGAGGUGGAGAAAUGAAGCCGUCUAAUGUUACAUGAGCAGCAGCAGGUCGCUCUUGAACUGGCCUUGAUGGAGUCCAUCGAAGCCCGCCAUCAUGGAGGCCGUCCAUUACUCAGCUGACUUGGAUGGACGGGACGGAGCAAGAUGAGGAGCUGGUGGAGGUGCUGCUGCAGGGCAGAGCUCCGUGGGGCUUCACCCUGAGGGGGGGCACGGAGCACAGAGAGCCGCUCGUCAUCACAAAGGUGGAGGACGGCAGCGCCGCGGCCCGCGUCCGUCUCCGCGCCGGCGACCGGAUGGUGAGCGUGAACGCCGUUCCCCUCAGCGGCUCCCGGCAGGAGGCCAUCUGCCUGGUGAAGGGCUCCCACAGGACCCUGGCCCUGGUGGUCCGGAGGGCUAAAAUGGUCGACGUUGUAUCGCCACAAGCUGUGCCGUCAGAAAAUGAGGUUCAUGUGGCGAGGAGUUUCCUCACCAAGAUCUUACGAAGCUCCAUGAGGAAGAACCGUUUCAGGGGGAAAAAUGAUCCAGGCUUACGGCCCCAUUCCUGGCACUCCUCCAAGCUGACAGAAGAGGAGUCUGAGCCCGCCGGGUCCGAGGCCACCCCAGCGACUGUCUGGCAGCAGAAACAUGAAGCAAGGCCGAAAGAGUCAAGCACUCCAGGCGACCAGAAGACUCAGCAGCCCAGUCAGCUCGGCUCAGUGAACAGCAUGGAGAGAAUAGAGCGUCCAUCCCAUCCCUACCCGCCGGGGUGUCUUUCUCCGCCUAAAUACAUUGACAGCUCUGAAGCGUUUUCUGCACCGGGAGCCAAAAGAGACUCCGCCUUCAGCUGUUUCUCCGGCAGCUCCAGCCCUCCUAUUCUUGAUUCGGGCAUGUCCGGCAGGAAGGGUACCAGCACCGAAAACAUUUUCUUCAAGGGCCUUCAGAGCGAAGGACCUCAGCAGAACGAACGACACAGAUACCUGCAGUCGACUCAUGGCAACGGAGGCUGGGAGGGGCCACGGGUCAGAGAACAGCCUGCGUCUCGGGUUUCCGUUGUAGGGAGGCUCAGCGCUGACCCGGUGUGGCAGGUACCGGAGAAGAAGAAAUCCCAGUCCCCUCCUCCUCCACCGCCGCCCCUGCGCAGCGACAGCUUUGCUGCGACCAAGGUGUUCCCGUACACCGAAGGGCCUUCGGGUCCGGCGAAGAGUCAUGGCAGCUCGUUUGAAAAACUGACAGAGAGCAACCAGAGCUGCCUCCGGUUUCAGAAGCAGCUGCACCCCAAUAAACUCUUCUCCUUGUCCAGCAGCGAUGUCAGCCAGUCUCAUUAUGCCCAAUCGCCCGCCCAUCAGAGGCAAUACAGUGAUGAAAGUCCUUUCUACCUGCAAACCAGGGCAGCUCCACCAGCAAAGACUCAAAGUGUUGGAAACUACUAUCGUAGCCUCCAAGACCUGCCCACCAACGCCUUCAGUCGAAAACACAUGCGGCACUCCACAGCAGCCAUGGCGGCUUGUGCUGCAAACUCAAGUCUGGACAGUGGAGGGCACGGCCGGCAGUUCGUCCCUUUGGGUAGUCAUCCGCUGCAUAUCGGCGAGUUAAAAGCCAGGCAGGGCAAAGCUGGGGGCUGGAGAGCGGAGAUGGAGAAAUCCCAAUGGAUGAACAGCAGUGAAUCAGGCUUGCAGAGUUCCCUGAAGACAAACAUUAAGCCAAAGUACUCUACACCUCAGUCCCAGAUGUCCUACAGUGAAAACAAAGACCGAAAUGGGAAUGGUCUAAACUACGACCACAAAACCUACGAACUUUCUCAUCAAAGCACAGAAGAACCUUCGAAGAGAGCUGAAGGACCCCCGAAUGAAGUGAAGAGGAUCCUUCUACCACAUCAGAGUAAUGAUCAUAAAGUUGCUCCAUCAAGACACCAAGACCCUUGGCUGCCCCAAGAAGAUCACAGAAUAUCGGCUCUGAAAACGCCGCUUCUUCACUUCCUGGCUCAAGAGAGCCAGACUCUAACAACAGAGAGGCAACCGGCCGCCGCUACAAAGUCCGCGUUCUCCACCCAGGACGUCUGCGAGACCGCAACCGCCGGCAGUGGGAAAGCAUGCCGCCGCAGUGACCGCUACGCCACCACCCUCCGCAAGGAGAUCCAGCAGAAGAGAGCCCAGCUGCAGAAGAGCCGGAGCGCUGCGACCCUGACGUACGAGGCUGAGGAAGAAGACGCAGAGGAGUGGAGGUCCAUGGAAGCCUCUGCUUCAUUGAACACCUACAAGGACCAUUUAAAAGAGGCCCAGGCAAGAGUCCUUCAGGCAACCUCGUUCCAGAGACGGGACCUUGAGCCUCUGGGACCUGAGGCACCAGUUCUCAAAGCGUGCUACGGGAGAAUCAGAGGACGUCGGCGGUUCCACCCAGCCAAAAGGACGCAUUCUUUCUCCGAGCCUGAUAAGAUAGACAAAGUGGGAGUGGAAGGAGAAUCCCAACGUGGCUCAGAGCAACAGAGAGAGUUGUUUGAGACCAAACCUGCGUUCCCCAGGCCUGUGCUGAAGACCGGCGGCCCAAACCUGAACCCAGACCCAGAUGAAGCGAGCAGACCAGAAGAGACCCCUCCCUCUGGAGACAGUGAUCAGUCCAAAACAUCCGCAGACCUCGACGAGCAGAGUCCUGGCGACAAGCAGGUGUUACUAGAACAGCAGCGACUGGGCACCUUCGCUGAGUACCAGGCCAACUGGAGCAAGCAGAAAAAGUCAUCUGAUGUCAAAACACAAGGGCGAUAUCACUCGGCAGAGAACAUUCUAGACGCCGGUGCAGAAGACAAGGCCGCGUGCAUCCAUGAGCGAUCCAGAUCCUCGCCUUCUGCAGACUUCUACGCACAGAAUAUCUCCUCUCAUUGGAGAGAUCCUGACGCACCGGAGAGCAGCGUGACCACAAGGUCGCCGGACCACAGCCCACAGCCGGACCCGUCAGAACCCAGAAACGAGGGGAUAUUCCCUCCCGACCACAGAACCAGCCCCUCCCACUCCUCUGGUCGCCGCAGCAUCAGCCCAAACCCGGAGUCCAAGCUGCCACCACCCAGGCUCCAUUUAGGUCCAGAAACCACACGCUCCUCCCAGGAAUUCCUCGCCGGCACCCAGCCGGACCCGGCGGAUCUGCAGCCUCUGCCCGCUUCUGCCUCCGCCGGUCCCGCCCAGUCCGCUUCCCCUCGCCUCAGUGCCCAGACCGGACCGGGAGCUGCAGAACCCGAGGAGGCGGAGGACCUGACCGCGCCGCCGUCCUCUCCAGCUCUGCCUCUUCCCGGGACGGACCGGACCCGCUCCCCCUCGCCUCAGUUCGCUCCUCUCAGGCUGACCGACAGACCGCCGGCCGGGUCCGUUCGGGAUGACCCGCAGCUCAGCUCCCAGACAGAGCCGAGGGUCCCAGCGGCGAUGGACGUGAGCGGCCCGCUCAGGAAGGUCCCCAUCCGGAUCGUCCACGCUGAGAGCAGCUCGGAGCGCCAGGGCCAGGCCUACCUGCCUCAGAGCGGCGAGUCCUGCGUCGUCCCCGAACCGCCCGCCAACCUGUCCCCCCUGACGGCGCCCGCCUCCUCUCUGUUCAGCGCCUACACCCGCCACGACCCCCAGGAGCCGGCGUCCAGUCAGGAGACGGCCGGGGCCCACAACCUGGAGGAGGACGCCAAGAGAGAGGAGCUGGUGAGGGACAUCAUGGGUCGGGACAAGUCUCUGGUGGACAUCCUGGACCAGAGCGGCAGGAAGACCACCAUGGACCUGAUGGAGGGGCUCUUUCCACCGGAGGAGAAGAUCCUGGAGGGGGUCCAGCUGCGGAGGAGGACCUCGGUGGGCUCCAGGCUGCCCGCCACCAGCAGGAGGGACGAGGACGACGUGUCCGUCUCGGCGUCCUCCUCCCUGGUCCCCAGCUCCUCCUACUACAACACCUCGGCUCCCAAAGCUGAGCUCCUCAUCAAGAUGAAGGACAUGCAGGAGCAGCUGGAGGAGCAGGACUCCGAGGACGAGCUGGACGUGGAUCUGGCCAGUAAAAAGCAGGAGCUGAUCUCCAGCCUGGCCAGGAAGCUGGGGGUGCUGCGGGAGGCGCGGCAGAGCCUGCAGGAGGACGUGGAGGACAACGAGGCGCUGGGCCGCGAGGUGGAGGCCACGGUGCGGCGCCUCUGUCGGCCCAACCAGCUGGACAAGUUCUGCAUGUUCGUGGGCGACCUGGACAAGGUGGUGAGCCUGCUGCUGUCGCUGUCGGGCCGCCUCGCUCGGGUGGAGAACGCCCUCAACAGCCUGGAGGACGAAGCUCCGCCGGAGGAGAAGAGAACCCUGACGGAGAAGCGCAAGCUGCUGAUGCGGCAGCACGACGACGCCAAGGAGCUGAAGGAGAACCUGGACCGCAGGGAGCGGCUGGUGUCCGGGAUCAUGGAGGCCCACCUGGACGCGGAGAGCCUGGACGACUACCGGCACUUCGUCAAGAUGAAGUCGGCGCUCAUCAUCGAGCAGCGCAAGCUGGAGGACAAGAUCAAGCUGGGCGAGGAGCAGCUGAAGUGCCUGGUGGAGAGCCUGCCGCCGGAGCAGAGGCCGCCGCUCGGACUCUGAAGUCUGAAACACUUUCUAUAAAUCAGGACAGAAACUGAGCCCUGAGCUUGUUUGCAGCCGAUGUUUGACUGUUUUUCUCCAGAAGCGUCUCCCUCUGGGUUUUAUUUCCACAUCUCCAUCAGGCAGAGAGAUGAAAUCCCCUCUCAGCUUCUGAUAGCAGGGCAGACAGCAUUUCCUCACUGCUGCUGAACGUGGCUUUGUUGAUUUAUCACCAGGUGAUUUUAAUAUUUAAAGCUCAAUUUUCUAGUAAUUUAUUAUAGUUUGUUUAGCCUAAUUUAUUCUACUCCUGACGUACCGUUUGCUUGUUUCUGAAGUUAAAAGGAAGAGCCGGAUCUAACCAGAGCUACGCCGCGUAGUUUUAAGCUGUCCUGUCCGUGAAUC